GUCUUCACGUUUUGUGACGUCACUGAUGGCAUUAGCAACUAGGAAGUAGCAGCUCUCCUACCUAUCCUGCAGAGAGAUGGCGACAGGCAGCGAUCGAUUAGCGGGGGCUGGGCUUGUGGCUCUGAGCUCGGUCAUCUUCGUCUAUUACUCAGUAUGGGUCAUUUUGCUGCCAUUUAUUGACAGUGAUCAUGUGAUUCACAACUUCUUCCUGUCUCGGGAAUAUGCGGUGUUGCUACCUCUGUCGGCUGCUUUAGUUCUGCUUUUCUUCAUUGGGAUCUUUGUAACCUUCAUCAUGUGGAAAAGCCGGAGUCCAAAAAAGAAAUCCGAGUGAUGCAGCAGAAUGUUACACUUCAGGCUUAUUAUAAUAGAGUCAGGGACCAUGUGAGAUACACCUUGUCCCAGCAACGGGGUAUCCAUUUGCUUUGCUGUGAUCAUGAGACAAUUUAAAGGCCAAGUCAUCGAGAACAAAUAAAACGCACAGAAAGCCAUUGUUGUGUGUUAAAGAGGCAACCCUACCAAUGAAUAGUAAAGUUCCAGCCAUGCAGAUAUUUUGGUGGCUCUUCUAAUGAAGCUGUGGUAUUAUUUUUUUUGCCAGAAUCUUAUGGAUACCAGUAACGGCAAUUACUCCUAGAAAACCAUGCCUGAUGCUCUUUUUAUCUGUUCUUUUACUUUUCUAUUGGUGAGAGCUGACAAAUUGCAAAGAGGUGCAGAAAUCCGGGCCAGAACUUUUGACCAAUAGCAAAGAGCCUCAGUAAUAUCUAUGAUAUUUGGCUUCGUAUACUGACUGUGAUCGAUUGUAGCAAAUUAUUCGAGGGGUUUGGGCAGCAAUGAAAAAUGUAAUAUAGAACUUUAUUCUUUAUAAACUGAAAAAAUAAAAGCAGAAUUCUGGCAA